GAUAAAUUUUAGGCUAUACUUUUAAGAUUCGACAUUAUACAAGACCUAAUAGAUCCAAAUUGAGCUUCGUCCCUCCAUGCCAACACAAAAAUUAAUAGACAAGGCAUACUCUAACAUUAUGAUUUUUAUGAAUUAUGAACUUCUAUUUAAUAUCACCAUUGAUAAGUUCCAAACUUUCAAAUAAAUGCAUGAGUUAUAAACCGAUUCGAAAAAUACCUUAUUUAGAUGGCGACACAUAUAGACUCAACAAUUUAGCAUAACUCAAAUUUAAAAUAGACCCGAUCCGAUUUCACCGAACUCGAACUGGACAUCGGAAUUGACACCUCUAAAUCUCUAAUGCUAAUACAAGAUGAAUUAGGGUAGGAAACUUUUUUUUUUUUUUUUUUUUUUUACGAGGUUAAUAUCAAUAUACAAGCAUUUAUUUAAUUUAAGACAUUAAAAUUUCAUAAUUUUCUACGGUUGUUUAUACCAUGAAUCAAGAAGAAGAUACUCCCAUGACAACUCAAGUGCAGCACCAUCGAUCCUCUCCACAACCACCAUCACCGCCACCGCAACAACCAAAAGACGACCAAAACGAGCAUCCACCACCACCACAACCACAGCAACCAGAAGACGACGAAAAAGAAUCACCGAAACAAGAACAAAUCAUCGAAGCAGAUGAGGGUAAAUCAACUGAAGAACAACCAAAACAAGAACAAAUUACCGAAGCAAAUGAGGGUAAAUCAACUGAAGAACAACCAAAAGACGAACAAAUUACAGAAGCAAAUGAGGGUGUUAAAUCACCGGAACCAGAAAACGUAAAAGAGGAGAGAGAAAAUGAAGCAGUGUUGAAAGAGGAUGAUAAAUCAACCAAACCAGAAACUGAAAUUGAGGAGAGAGAAAAUGAGAAAGAAGAUGAAACUGAAGAAGACGAAGAUGAAGAUGGUCCGCCGCCAGGUUGGGAUGCGCUUCCGCCGCCUCCUCCCUUGCCUCCGUCGUCCUCUCUACCCGAAAGGGGUCAAAUGGUUUGUGGUUCCUGCCGCCGCCUCCUUUCUUAUCCUCUUGGAUCCAAGCAUGUCCAAUGCUCAUGCUGCCAGACUGUGAACUAUGUACUUGAAGAGCAUCAAGUCGGACAAGUCAAGUGUGGAAACUGUCAAGUGCUUCUGAUGUACCCUUUUGGGGCUCAAUCUGUUCGGUGUUGCUCCUGCCAUUCUGUCCUAUACAUAGGAGACCAUAACAGGCGUCCUCCUCUGUCUGUACAACAAAGCCAAGCUUGCCGGCCUUUCAGCGUUUCUCACUGAGGACUAACAUUUCUAGCUCUAUCUUUAUACUAGUAAUUGUUAUUCCAAUUCAAUCAGUUCAUACUCAUGAAAAUUGGUCGCUAUAUGUCAUGGCUAUGCUAAAUGCAUCACAUUAAAGUAGCUAAUGUUGCAAAUGCAGUCAUGCGUCAUUUUGCUCAGACAAAAUUUAGCCGUCAUGGAAUGGGAACUUGAGAUAUUAUCUUCAACAGAGUACAUUACAUGAUUACAGUGUAAUUCCUUAUGGUUAGACAAUUGUUUUAUUGGUAAGAUAAUUAAGAGGUCUUAUAA